UCUUAAAUCAAGUCUAAAGAGUCAAUAAACAUUUAUUCGUGUGUCUUCAAUCUCCAAAAUGAAGUGCAUUAUUGUGAUUUUAAUGGUCUCCUGCUUAUAUUUGGAGGUGUUCACUCUUAACUUAAUCAGUUUUGGCCGAAGUCAAAUUGAACCACGUGAAACCAGCACCUGUGAGGGACGUCAAUCCCCUGGACCUAUCUGUGAAUCGUGCGAUUUAUUAUCGACCUGUGUUAAACAUUCAAAUGGUUGGGUGAAUAUACCCGUCGAAACAUGCGACACUCAAAAUGGUUUCUAUUGUAAUGCCCGCCUGGGCAGUUGUAGCAAUGCAACCGGACCCUGUCAUCCUUUCAGUUUUGAGGGCAAUUUCCCAUGUACAUCUCAUGGAGUAUUUCCAGAUCCUUAUGAUUGUCAGAAAUAUCAUAUGUGCUAUUUUGUCGGACCUACUUUAGUAUCAGCCAGUGUUGAUUGUGGCAGUGAUAAAGCUUUCAAUCCAGCCACCGGUCAAUGUUCUCUGACCAUAACGCAUCCGGUGUGUCAUGAAAAACAAUUUAAGUGUGAAAAUGCUGGUGAUGCUCACGCUUGGCCCAUGAGUCCGAAUAUAUUUUAUAUUUGCAAGGCUACUUCAAAUCAAGAUGAACGUGUACUCUAUCCUACGCUAUAUCGCUGUGAUGAUGGUGAGAUAUUUGAUGGUUACUUUUGUCGUGCUGACAAUGCAAGUGAACCGAACGCUACUACUAAACCAAUAAUACCUGCGACAUCUACAUUACCACCCUCUGUAGUAGUGCCCACAACCAUAGCUCCCGUUCUACCUAGAGUAUGCACGGAUGUUGGUCUAUUUGCUGAUACUCAAGACUGCCGCAAAUAUUACUAUUGUUCGGCUAUAAGUGGUAAUUUAAAACAAAUGGAAUGUCCAGUUGGUACUUAUUUUAACGAAGCUACAUCAUCUUGUGCUUUCGGUAGCUGUUAAAUAAAGAUGAUUUUAAUCUAAUAAAAAUAUAAAUAAAUAUACAUAUUUUGAAGUAUUAUAAA